GCAUUAGAGUAGUGUAGCAUGUUACUGCUUUUGGUUAAUUUUAUUCUGCUGCAUAGCCUGUCUUUGCUACUACUGUUGUUAUAUUUACGUGCAAUCCUAUGGCCAUGGUCAUGGGUGGACGACGCACAGGCAGAGAGAGUAGAGCAGAGAGGCAGAUAUCGCUAUAUCAGACCCCGUGCUCCCUCCCACCGCUGUACACACCGGCCGGGGAUAUAUGGGGAGUUGUCCGAAAUACUCCACGGCCGUACGUCCAGCCAGCCACGGAAAUGUUACUGCAAUGCGCCAAUGCAUGCGUUGUCACGGCGUCCAGCUAGCUUUUUCGAGGCCAUGCGAAAACGACGUGCCCCGAUCGAGGAUUUUCCACGGGGAGCUAGCGUGCGAGGCGAUCGAUCAUGGACAGACCGCGGUGCUCGUGUUAAUUGGGUUUCGCCGUCGGCGUCUCAUCACUACUCCCACAGCGAUCGAUCGCGCACGAAACGUACCUGCGCUCGCGGAAGGAUCGCCGCCUUCUUUUUAUUUGCUGCUGUUGCGGGUGGCCCGGGACCGACGGCGACGUGCGGCGGCAAAUGGCGACCCGCGGGCGUCACGUACGUACGCAGCCUGUUCGGCUGCUCCACCACCACCAGCUCGACCAGUGACGUGACGGCGCCGGCGGCGAGAGCGUGAGAUGGUCAUGUACUCAUGUAUAAUUGGGAACAGCGCAAACCUCUUUUUACCGGAGGGGAUAUGUGCCGGAGCGGCAUCCACCGUUGGCAUUGUUUGCGAUUCGUGCUUUUCGAUGGUCCACACGUUUGUAUAUGAGUGUAUUCAUCUGCCCGGGCCGCUGUAUUGAUCAUUACGUCCUAUCAAUGGUUGGCCCCAUUUAUUAUUAACUCCUUUUCUUUACCCCCCUAGUCCUCACCCACCCCCCGCAAACCUAUCUUCUUCUUCCAUCGGUUUCCAUGAUUCAUCCGCCGCCUGGCCGCGUUCUUCGCGGCUGAACUGUUGAUUUCUUCCCCGUCGCCUCGGCCGCCGGCCCGCGUAUUUUGGCGGCUCACCUGUCGCUUUUCUUCCCCUCCGACUGACCUACUUCCGCCGCCCUCAUUAGUUCGUAAAGAUGACUAAUUCUGCACGCCGUCGCCGGAAAUCUCCAACCUUUGAGACAACUAACUCUGAUGAAAGCUGUAGCGUCGACAUGAGUGAUACUGAUGUUUCCUCUCAAUCAAAAUCAACCAGGAAUAGCCGUAGAAGAUCUCCGAAGAAACUUAAGAGAGCAGCUUCCCCCGAAGUUAAGCAGACAAUCAACUGGAAAUGUGAUCCAAACAAGAUACGCGCCAUUAUAAAAAAACUAUGUCCAGAAUAGCUACAAUGGAUAGAAGAAUUGGGAUUUGGAUCACUCAUUCACAUGAUUGAGUGCAAGUUACCCAGAAAGCUAACUAUAUGGCUGAUGAAAAGAGUAGACUGCGACAGCAAGUGUCUAGUAUUCAGAAACAGGAAGGUUUCUAUAGUACAAGUUGUUGAAAACCUGUUGAAGUUACCUGCUCUUGACAAAGCAGUUCCAAUGCCCCGUCCAGGUAGGGUUCGUGACAAACCUUUCAGAGGUAAAACUGAAUUCAAGUCUGCUACGGCCGGAAGAGGAGAAUCACUCAAGGAAGCGACAGACAAGAUGUUAACGUACAAAGAGGAGAAAGACAAGGACAAGUUUUGCUUGUGUUUCAUGCAAGUCAUUCUUUGCGCCUACUUAGCUCCGACGACUGGUUACCAAAUUAAUAGAAGUUACCUGCUAGGAGCUUUGAAGGACUUGAGCGACAUCCCUCGUAUGAAUUGGUGUCGUUUUGCUGCUGAGUACCUUAUCGAGGCAAUCCGUGAAUCAAGGAAAAACAAAGUGCCCAACUUGAAUGUCGGUGGAUGUGUACAUAUUCUACAUCUCAUAUAUGUGGAUCUACUUCAAUCACAUUUAGUCAAAAUACCUCUGGGUUACCCAAGGAUUAAAUAUGUGGGUUCAGCAGUACUGGAACAAAUAGAUCAUACUGGAAAAAAGAAGACACAAGACCAUUGCAAGUUGUUUGAGAGCUUACUGGACGAUGAAAAGUUAGCAAUGUUCCCUACUGCAGAAGACCAUAAUGAUGAUCUUGAUGAUCACGAAAAAUCUACACAUUCCACCCCACCAGUAACAGCUAAUAUAAGUACUGUACCUGGCCAGGAGAAAUAUAAACUUCGUCCACAAGUAGUACAAUAUAAACUUCGUCCACAAGUAGUACAAGUUUCUAAAAAGCGCCUGUCACAUCAACCUACAGAUGAGAAUUUGAUCAAACGAAUAAAGAUUCUUGAAGACCAGUACACAGCCGAUCGACAAAGGUUGAUAACUGUGUCUGAACGAAAGCUUCAAAACAAACUGCAACAGCUUCAAAUUAAGAAAACCAAGGAAAUGGCAGCCUUGGUCCAGGAAGAGAUUCAGAAGGCUAUGUUGCCGAUGAUUGAUGAUGCAUGUCCAGGAAGUUCUCUACACAAUGAUGAUGCAACUUUGACGAAACGAACUGUAGGAACACAAAGUCCAUGUCACUCUAAUCUAGAUGAAGCUGUUCUCAAUUCUUCCCGGUCUGCUCAACUGGUUCACGAAACUAGCACUCAUGUUGAUGUCAUCCAGCAGUUGACAGCCGGAACACCGGCAUCUCCAACCUUCAUGAAUGAAACUCUAGAAAUUGGUACUCAUGAAUCAGAACCAGGAACCAAUUUUGUGAACAUUGAAGGUGUUGAAGCUGACAACUUCCAUCCUGCUUCGCCAAUGCUUGCUCAGAUUACUCAGUACGAGCCUUCUUCUAAAGAAUUGACUACCACAACAACCGCCUUAGAAAGACAAGAGACUUCUGUUGCCAAUGUGGUACCGUCAUCAAAUAAUUCUGCUUCUACACAUCCCCCAGAAUUAGUCUCUGCAGUCAUCGUUCCCACAACUGCAAUUGUUAUUCCCAACAUUGUUGUAGACCAAGUCCAGUCACAUUCUGUUCAAACUGAGAGAAGCAACAUGCCAAGUGAAGAUUCAUCAAUAAUGAAGUUUGUUGGUACUGAUGGUCAAGCGGAUAGUGCUUUUCUUCUACCUGUUACCAGUGCUCAUAAUGUGCUUGGACAUGGCAACCAAGGGGAUCAGCCAGAGAGUAAUGCAUUUGUUGUUCAACAUCCACAACAGGAUUCAUCCAAAGAUGUUUUGCAUGAAGUAGGUAAUACCGUUACUACGGCACCAACUGCUGAUGGAAUUCAAGAUAUUGCCUUCAUUGAUCCAAAAACAACAAAACCUUCAUCUCAAAUAGAUGUUUCUGAUGCACAGAAAGCUACCAAGAAUCAUAGUUUCCCACACAAUCCUGCAUCAGAUGUUGUUCAACUACAACAUACAGACAAGACGACACUUGAAGAUGGCAUUGAGAAACAAUUGAAUGAUCAUUUGGAAAAUCUUGAUGUCAGCAAAAUUGAUAUUCUAUCGACGAAAGAUUGAAAUUGCUGAUACUGAUUCCACUUCAAAAGAUGUUCCAAAUAUUUCUUCCCCACCUUUAUCCAUACAAAUAGUAGGUGAUGUAUCAAUUAUGUCAGUCAGUCAGAUGACCAGGGAAUAUGAUAAGAUGAAUGUACCAGCGGGUGCUACUAUUCAUACUACCCAACAUAAUGCUGCAUCUACGCUCCAGGAAGUCUCAAGAAUUGAAGAUAAUCAGCCUAUUGUUUUGAAGCCUAUUGUUUUGGAAACUUCUGUUCUGCCCGACCAUAGCUCCUCCAGUUUGGAUGUUUUGCAGAUAGACCCUUCUAAGUUACCUGAUGAUAUGCUAAAACCAAGCACUGUACCCUCAGAUAUCACAUUGCAAAUUGGUCAAACCUCACCAAAGGAAUCCUCAGCACUGCAAGAUUCUGAUAAAAAAAUACUAGACAAAUGUGUGGAAAUGAUUCUAUGUAUGACACCGAAUCCAGCACCUGCAAAUGAUAACAACGAAUCACUAAGUCUUGCUAUCAAUGAAGUGCUCAGUGAAAACUUAGAACAAACUCUUGCAUUAGCAGAAAUACAGACUCAGUGCACUGCAGGAGACAUAGAAUCAUCAUCUUGUCAGUCUACACAAGAAGAUGUUGCAAACGUUGCCCAAAUGGAUAUAACUGCAAAAAAACAAGAUGAAUCCCAAGAACAUCCUUCCGACAAUUCAUCUGCCCGAGUAAGUUCUGAGUGCACCAAAGAUGAUGAUAUAUCUAAAGUGGGCAAGCAAGAUACAGACUCUCAUACUUCUUAUUUAACUCCUAGACACAGCUUCAGAGAUAUAGAGAUAGUUCACAUAGCCGAUGAACCUUCAUCUCCUAAAACAAUUGAUUGUGACCACAUCUCUAAGCUUGCUGAGCCAUUACCAGAUGGAGAAUGUUUUGAUUAUGCUGGUAGCAUAAAUCCUUCUAUGAAGAUGAGAAAACAGCGUUAUCAGAAGAAAGAGGAGAUCGUCGAAGGUAUAUCUGAGCUCAUAAAGAAGAAGCAAUAUCCGGUGAAGAAGUUGAACGACCUGUACAAUACUCUUGUCGCCUGUAGCAAGUUCCGAGGUUUACGUAAGACACGACGACGCAACGAUAAUGACACAGGUGGUACCAAGAUAAGGAUAGGUCCAGCUUCUGUAACAGAAAGAGAGUUAGUAUAAUGCCUAAUGCCAAAAGGAAAGAUGUGCAAAAAUAUGAUGUGGUUACUGUCCGUGGCACUUAUGUAUGAUUGGGGAUCAAAGACCAAGAUUAUAUUGGACCAGACUAUUAUAACCGAAUUGCUAAAAAAAGGAAAUAAAUGCAACCAUGCAUAUCUCUGCAAGAAGCUUAGAAAGUUGCCACUUCAAAAUGUUGAGCAGCUAUUUCUGCCUACACUAUCAGACAACCAUUGGAUUCUGGCUGUCAUUAACCUCACGCAAAACACAAUUGAAAUUUAUGACUCUAACUUAGAAGUCAAAGAAGGUGAACACCAGCACAGGGUUAUGUUGGAGAACAUGGCCAGAAAUCUCCAAAAAUCAUUGAAUGAUUGUCUCCACAAGAGUGCUUUCGCAUUUACUGAUUUCCCAAUGAAGUAUUGUUCUACUGGAAAACAAACAAACAAUGAUGACUGUAGUUUUUGGGUUCUUAAAGUCCUUCUGUGUCACAAUGGCAAAGAGCUCAUUGGAAAUUACAAGUGGGCAAUGGAUGUCUUCAGGAAGGAAAUAUGCUAUAUCCUUGUUUACCACCGCUUCAAUGAUCUCAAUCCAAGGAGGCCUGAGAUUAAGAAGAUAGCAUCCGCCGUGAAGACAACAACAGACUGAUUCCUCCACCGCGUUGUUGCCUAUGUAGCCUUCGCUACGUACUGCAAGUUAUUUCAUAUGAUGUACUAGUUUCAUCUGAAAUGAACAAUGUUCAUUCCGUGCAAUCGUCGUUAUGUAUGGUACUUUUAAACUAUUAAGGUUAUUCCCUGCUUUAUAACCAAUGUUUGUAUUGCCAGUAUGUAAGGAAAUGACAGCACAACUUCUUGCUGUCUUCUAAUCACUUUAUGUAUCUCAUAUUUCCUCUA